UCUCCAUCUGUGCUCGCCUCGGCGUGCAUUGUGGGACUCGUAGUCUUCAAGGCUAGAGAUUAGCUCGGCCCUAAGGGAGGCAGGACUACAAGCCCUACAAUACCUCCGGGUAACUGGCUGGCCGUUCCUUUUGAAUGAUUUCACUGCGGUCUACAUUCCCAGCUAGUUUUGCAGGAAUCAUGGUGUGAGGAGCCGCUGGAUCGCUGGCGCAUUCGGCAGGGCGAUCAGCGGCGCAAGAAACCUCCCCGCUCAAUGGCAGCCUGGGCAAGCUGCGCUGGAGGAGAGAGGACCAUGGUAGCUCGAAGGUUGGCGUGGGUUUGAAGGCUGCAGGGGGAGAUUUUGCAACGGGACCCCUCCUUCUGCUCGCUCUCCCUGCCGCAUUUCCUCCCUCUUGCCCCGUCUGGAAAGCCCCCUCUGGCAGCCUUGCCCGCAAAGAUGUCUCUGGCCAUGGAAGAGGAAGAAUAUACCAAGCUGGUGAUGGAGUCGGAGCCGGAGUGGCUGCGCACCGAGAUCAAGCGGCUCUUCCAGGAGCUGGGCGAGACCACCCGGGAGAAGAUCCAGGCUGCGGAGUACGGGCUGGCCGUGCUGGAGGAGAAGCAGCAGCUCAAGCAGCAGUAUGAGGAGUUGGAGCUGGAGUACGAGACCAUCCGCACGGAGAUGGAGCAGCUGAAGGAGGCUUUUGGUCAGGCUCAUACCAACCACAAGAAAGUAGCAGCCGAUGGAGAGAGCAGGGAAGAGACCUUGAUUCAGGAGUCUGCCACAAAGGAAGAGUACUACAUGAAGAAAGUCAUGGAACUGCAGACAGAACUAAGGCAGUUGAGGAAUGUCCUUGCCAACACCCAGUCUGAAAAUGAACGUCUGAAUUCUGUGGCACAGGAGCUGAGAGAGAUAAAUCAGAAUGUGGAGAUCCAGAGGGGGCGCUUGCGAGAUGACAUCAAGGAGUAUAAAUUCAGAGAAGCUCGCUUACUGCAAGAUUAUACUGAGCUUGAGGAGGAGAAUAUUUGCCUUCAGAAACAAGUCUCUGUUUUGAAACAGAAUCAGGUGGAAUUUGAAGGGCUGAAGCAUGAAAUCAAGAGGCUUGAAGAGGUAACUGAGUUCCUUAACAGCCAGCUGGAAGAUGCCAUAAGACUGAAAGAAAUAUCGGAACGCCAGCUUGAAGAGGCCUUGGAGACUCUGAAGACAGAACGUGAACAGAAAAAUAAUCUCCGCAAGGAGCUGUCUCAUUAUAUGAAUAUUAAUGAUUCCAUGUAUACCAGCCACUUGAACAUCUCUUUGGAUGGAUUGAAGUUCAGUGAUGAAACCACAGAGCCCAAUAAUGAUGAAAUUGUGAAUGGCUUUGAACAGAACUGCCUGAGUAAAAUCAACAGUGGCAAUAAUAAAGCAUCCACACCCAAGAAAAAUGAGAGCUUCCCUCCAGCUCCUAGCCUUGUGUCUGAUCUCUUGAGUGAGCUGAAUAUUUCUGAAAUCCAGAAGCUGAAACAGCAGCUUAUGCAGAUGGAAAGGGAAAAGAUGAAUUUGUUGUCUACACUCCAAGAAUCUCAAAAACAGCUAGAGAAUACCCGAGGAGCUCUUUCUGAGCAGCACGAGAAAGUCAGCAGGCUCACAGAGAACCUCAAUGCCAUGAAAAAGCUCCAAGUCAGCAAAGAACGCCAGUCAGCUCUUGAUAAUGAAAAGGAACGUGACAGCCAUGAAGAUGGAGACUACUAUGAGGUUGAUAUCAAUGGUCCAGAGAUUUUGGAAUGCAAGUAUAAAGUGGCUGUGGCAGAGAUAAGUGAUCUGAAGGAAGAGCUUAAAGGCCUUAAGACUAAAUACGAGGAGUGUGAAUCCAAGUAUGAAGAGGAAAAGAGCAGUUAUGAGACAGAAACUCAAGCUCUAACAGAAAAGAUCACUUUGCUGGAAAAAUCUAGUAGGCAAGAUAGGGAGCAGGUAGUCAGACUGGAAAAGGAGCUCAGGAAAGUCAGUGAUGUAGCUGGAGAAACACAAGGCAGUCUCAGUGUUGCUCAAGAUGAACUGGUCACCUUCAGUGAAGAGCUAGCCAACCUGUAUCAUCAUGUCUGUAUGUGCAACAAUGAAACCCCCAACCGGGUGAUGCUGGAUUACUACAAAGAGGGUAAAGGAGGACGUACUAGUCCAGAGGGCAAAGGCCGAAGGUCUCCAAUAUUGUUGUCUAAAGGCUUGUUGUCUAUAGACUUGGGAAAAUCAGAGAGUGGGAGUGGUGACAGCAGUCCUUCACCAGUGUCAUCUCUCUCAUCACCAGUUUCUGAUCCUCGUAAGGAACCCAUGAACAUUUAUAACCUGAUUGCCAUAAUUCGUGAUCAAAUCAGACAUCUGCAGGCAGCUGUGGACAGAACAACAGAGUUGUCUCGGCAGCGGGUGACUACCCAAGAACUUGGGCCAGUGGUGGACAAAGACAAAGAAGCUCUCAUGGAGGAAAUCCUGAAGCUGAAAUCUCUGCUAAGUACUAAGAGGGAGCAGAUCGCAACUCUGAGGACUGUGCUAAAGGCCAACAAACAGACUGCAGAGGUUGCCCUUGCCAACUUGAAAAGCAAGUAUGAAAAUGAAAAGGCUAUGGUUACAGAGACUAUGAUGAAGCUGCGAAAUGAACUGAAAGCUUUAAAAGAAGAUGCUGCUACCUUCUCUUCUCUGAGAGCCAUGUUUGCUACCAGAUGCGAUGAGUAUGUCACCCAGUUGGAUGAAAUGCAACGCCAACUUGCUGCAGCCGAAGAUGAGAAGAAGACAUUGAACUCCUUGCUUCGUAUGGCAAUUCAGCAAAAGCUGGCUUUGACUCAGCGCCUCGAACAUCUUGAGCUGGACCACGAGCAAUCCAAAAGGGUGCGCACAAAAUCUGCUUCCAAAGCCAAGAGUAGUAAUCCCAGUGUAAGUCAUAUACGAUCAUGUGGCGACAGGUCUGAAGGGUCUGUGCUUAAUAACCAGGUGUUUUGCAGUGAGAAGUAUAAGAUCUAUUGCGAUUAAGAAAGCAAAUAGGAAGUCAUAAAUAGAUGCAUCUGACGUUUGUGCUGUUGAAUGUCAGCAUAAAUCCCCACUAUAUUAUGUUGCAGUGAUGAGUGGAUUUGUUCUAGUCUGUUGUUAAACCAUGUAAUACAAGUUGUAUUAUAGUGGUCUUAACUGUAACUGAUUCGCAAGCAUGGGGUUGGGGGAGGGAAUGCUGUUAACAAGUUAGUGGUGGAAAAGGGCUUGGCUGUUUCCACAAUGAGCAAGUACGGUUUUGCUGUUUAUGGGUAAGCGUUAAAAUGCAUAGCAGGUAUACUGCAUCUGGUGUUACUAACUGUAGCAUGUAUAGCACAAAUGUGAUCCUUUCCCCUGGGUUACAAGCAUUCUUCAAGUAAAUGAGAGAAUUUCUCUGGCAAAAGCACCUCGUUGUUUAAUAUGUCUGAGAGGUGGUGGAAUGCAACACUUCAGAUUAGAUGCACAACAUGGUUAUCAACCUUUUCCAAAACCAGAACCAAACCUAAAUGAUUCUGGUGUGGAAUUUAGUUGCUGACAUUAUCACCUCUUAUCAAAGCGCAAAUGCUUUCUUAUAAGCUGUAAAAGCUAGAGCAGCCUAAUAGCGGAGGAUCCACUCGGGUUUUUCAUCUUCUGCUUGGUUUCAGAAGGUUAGCUUACAGAAAAUUGCACACUUAAAAAAGAGAGAGAUGCAAUAUUACCUGUUUCAAACAUAACUUAAUGCUAAAAGGGAAAAAAAUUAAGAUUUGAAGAAUUCAGAAAGUUAUGUUGUUUGGACAGUACCACGUACUACAGAGAUUUCUGUAGUAUUAUGUUGUUGCUUUUGGCAGUGUAAAGUACUGGGAAGAAGGUUAGGUUACACACUGGACACCAUCUAGCCAAAGUUAAGUGCUUUUAAGCCCUUGAUUUCAAUCAGGAAGUUAAACGAAUGCUCAGCUCUUUCCCAUUGCAAUCAAUGGGAUUUAGAAGUGCUUAAGGUGGUGCCCAUUAUUACUAUAUCUGCAUAGUAUAUGUGUACAGAAUUAAUAGGAAUAUGUGAGUAUUGUCAAGUUGCAAUGCAGUUCCCCCUAACUGUCAGUAUUAAGGCUUAAUAGAAUAGUAUUACAGAGCUCUGACAUUUGUUUACGCAAAAAAAAAACAACCCAUACACAACAAAUUGCAUUUCUUAUGCAAGCACAUGUUUCACAGGGCUCUACAUUCUAGGCACAGGAAAUUAAAUCAUCAGUUUAUUCUUGCUGAUACAUAAUUAUGAAGUAGGUUAGCAUAUAUGUAUUCAUCUUUUGAAAAAAAAUAUUGUCUACUAUUGAACUUUUAAGAGGCCUUUUUUAGCCACUUAAUUUCAAUAUGUUUGAUAAUAACAGCAACAACAAAAAGUGUACUUCAUAAUUGGUGCCUAUAGGAGCAGUAAUGAUACAAGAGUGGGAUAAAAAUGUUGCUUUUAAAAUUGUGAUAAAUUGAAGGAGCACAAUAAGGCACAUUUUUUAGAAGAAGAAGAAGAAACAAAAUAAUUCAAAAGUGCCUAGCCUCAAACUUUAUUUUAAUGUAAAGCCCUGUUCAUUUUGUACUCUUUUCAAAUAACUUUGUAUGCUUAGAAUAUUACUAAGAAGUAAUGUAGGACUGCACAGCUGCAUCUGCUGAUAGUAGUAAAACUUCUUUCUCUCAAGACAUUCUAAUAAUCAUAUUGGUGUUGUAUUGCCUCAUCUGACGCUACCAUUUCUUUUUAGAAGAUCAGCAGUUUGCUUCCUCUGUAUUGCCGCUCUGCCUAUAAAGUAGUUAGGAGAUAUAGCAAUGUUACUGUAAAGUAAUAAGCGGAACACGGCUUCCUUCCUCGCAAAGGGAGUCUUGUGGUGCAUGGGACCUCUUGGGAGAUUAGGAAGAAGCAGGCCUCAAACCCUACCACAUGGGAUUGCAAAGCAAGUUCUAAAAUGGAGGAUUUGACAUCAAAACAAUAAAUGACCAAAGUAAUAUCUGCUGGAUCUUUUAAAAUUUAAACCAGUUUCAAGCUAUCCAGUUCUUACGUGUUACUGAAUGAUCAGCAAACAUGAGAUGUUUUUGUUGACAGAAUGGCAGGCCCUGUACGUCUCGCUUUAUUACUGUAUUUGCAGAGAACACUGUUUUCUCCUGAAGUUGAGCUUUAAUAUUGCUGUGUAGCAGGCUUUGAUAUUUUUAGAAGCAGAACACCUGUUAACAAUGUUUAAUCCUUCUUUUCUCCUCUUUGCUGCACAAGAAUCCAAAAGGCCUUUUUAACCCCUCCCCUGCAUUCCUGCAUUGUGUGUGAUUUUACAAAAUGCCUUGGGAGUAGCUAGGCAUUUAGAAUACUAAGCUGUUUUGCUCCAUUAGAAGCAGCGACCACUUUUGCUUCCAUGUUGAUGGGGAGCUGUUAAUACAAUUCUAAUUGUAAUCUUUUCUCUGGUGGUGCUCAUAAAAUUGAAUACUCAUUUUCUAAAAAGGAAAAGUUUUGAGGCAAGUUUCCAAGGUGAUUGACAAGCUGCAUUGGCAGGUUUUCAAGUUAAUUGAAACAAAAAAGGGAGGUUUCGGUGUUAUGAGAUGGUGACAGUAUCAGUGUCAGUUCAUUUUGCUCGAUGCAACAUACAGUUUUCAGGAAGCGUACUAAUAGUUUUCCAUUGUUGUUUCUACAGUCCUCUUUAAAAAUAGUUCUGUUCACUAACCUCAUGCACUGUCUACGACUGAGGCAUUCACAGUAGCUGUGCAUGAUGAAUGGUGCCCAGGAGCAGCCCAGCUGCAUCCCUGUGUUUGUCAGAUGUGUGGGCCCAAUUGUUUUUGAACCCUGGUAGAAAAAGACACUCAGAAGAAACCCAGAAGAUUGCUGUUGCUGUGUGUAAACCUGGGUUAAGGUUUUAGUUUUAGUUUUAGAUUUUGUGCAGUUUUACACCUGUUGGCUAUCAGCCUUCUAAAACUAACUUCUGUUAACAUCCAUGUCUCAUUUUGUGUUGACUGGGUUGGGAUGCAGCAUGGAAAACUCGCCUUCACCUACCUCUGUAAGCAGGACUUCUCCUGGAUGAUUUAUUGUUCUCUGCAUUGGCUGGCAUGAUACACUGACUGCAUGUUUCUGGAGAGCCUACAGCUUCAUUGAUAACUUCUCUUGUGUCCUUAUUGCUGUUUACUUAUGCUUGAGCAGCAUAGCUUGAUUCAGGACUUGUAAGAAACUUUCUUCCUGCACAGCUUUUGCUAACAGGCAGUGCAUCAAAGCAUUGUUUCAGAUGCUUGGAAAGCACACAUGAGCUACAUUGGCUGCUUUACCUUAGACUAACUGGUGCUCCUCAGCUGACUAAUGUGCUAUGGUCCUCUUGCAGCACACCCUUGUGUUCUUAGGUUUUCAGUUCUUGAAUUGAAGAAGAAUGAUGACCCAGUUUUUCAUCUCUAAUGUUUUUUUUUGUGUGUUUUUGUUUCUACUUUCCACUUUUCAGCUGUAGAGUAGUUCCUGGAGAAGGCCAUUGCAACAGUGCAACUUCGUAUCUUAGCCUGUGGCGAUAUGGUUAGAAGUGGUGGUAGCCCGUUGCACAAAGAAUGGAAACCACUGAUAAUGUAUCUCCUUUCCCCCCUUUUUUCUUAAAGCAAAACUACAUCAUUUCCAAUAUGCAACUUGUUCUCCCCCCUCCUUACUUUUUGGCAUAUUAUGUCUGGAUACAAAUGAAUAAAGCUUUACCCUUUAAGUGCUGCUGCAGGAAGAAAACUUACAAAUGCUGAAGAAACCUACUUCAUAAUGUAAUAAUUGCCAUGGUAGCUUAUUAUGGCAUAUUAUAAAUGUUCAGAUGGGUAUUUUUUCCUUACUACAUGAUAGAGUAUUCAUUUUUUUAAAAAACAACAACUGUCUGAUUGUUUAAAUCUGUGCACUUUUAAUAUUUUGAUAUUUACUUUUAACGUCUUUUUAUUCUUUUUGUAGAAGAGUUUAUAUAAAAAGAAAUCCAGUGACUUAUGCUAAUAGUCUCUCUCCAUUUGGGCUUGUGCUUGAUGUUUUACCACCCACCUGUGGCAGAGUUUUAUACGAUAUCGUUUUGCUCUAUCCACUGUGUUUAGAAAAGAGCUUGAACACAACCAGGAGUUCUGCUAAACUAUAUAUGUGCUGUGCAUCAGCAGCUUUCUUUCUUUUUUUAAUUAUAAAAUGUUAAGCUUUAUCUGUUUUAAAUUACUGAUUUUAACUGCCAUGUUAUUUGAGAAAUCCAGGGUAUUCAAUUCUGGGGUUUUUUCAUAUUGUAUUAUUAUUCUUAGGAAUAGUUCAAUGUAACAAGAAGAAAACUUGACUUUGCUCUGGUUAAAACAGUUAUAGGCACUUGAAAAGAAAUAUUAGUGUUACCUAUAAAUUCCAGAAUGUCUGGAUUUUAGAGGGGGGGAAUUAUUGCGUAUGAUUGGUUAACAGAAUUUUAUACAAUACCACUUAAAUUCCAAAUUGGAAUUGUUUUUGUUACUACUUUGUUUUAUUGUGCCAAAUUGUGGUACAUUUUAGAAAGACAAAUUCUAAAGUUGUCAGUGAUAGGGUGUUCUAUUUCAGCGCCUUUUUAUCAUUUAAUUGUUGCCAGUAGUGCCUUUCAUAAGUUGUAAGGGAGGAGCCUAGGCUAGCUUAGUCUGUCCAAGAGGAAAGGAACUGUGGUUUUGGAACCUAGUAAUGAAGUGGAGCAAUAAGUGCAAAGCAAACGCCCCUAUCGCACAUUUUAAAAUGGGUAGAUCUACUAUAGAGAUGAUAUAUACGCAAAUUGUAAAAAAUUCUGUUAGUCAAUGAUACUUCAUCAUGCAAAUCCUUGCAAAUUCAGGGGCAUAAAAGAAGAAAACAAAUAUUAAAUAAAACCUGAAUAUACUUUGCAAACCAAAUGGACUUUAUUGAACAAAAUAAUGAACAAAAUGUAUUAACACAUUUGUGGUUGCAGUACAGAGGAUGUUUUGGGAAUAUUGGUGUUCUGGUAGCAUUGUACGGUGGUGGAUACAGUUUAACCAUAGUAUUGUUUGCAAAUGUGAAGAAGAAAAACAACACAUAAUAUUUUUCUCUUGCAUGUUGUAUCUAAUCAUUGUAAUUUCAGGAAACAGAAACUGAAAUGUGCAGCAACAAAAGAUGUACCUGCUAGUCUUGGUGCUAUUUGUUGAGGCUACUUUGAAUGAUUAAAUUGGUACUUCGGGGGGAGGAGAAACCAAAUUCCUCUAAAAUAAAACAAAGUACAAAUUGUAAUAAUAAUGUCAUGGUGAAAAGCUUUCUGUUUGCUGGAAGAAACUUUAUUAUUCCUAGAAGUGGGGACUUAUAUUUUCAUCUUUUGGUUGCAGUAUUGACUCAUAAGUGAUAUUAUUACAUUUAAAAUUACAUCUCUAUGUGGGUAUUUAUUUGAAAUGUCAAAGUACUGUAUUAUGGUUUUUAUGUGCAUUACCUUUUAGUGGUGGAUUGGUCUCCAUUUUAUUGUCAUAUGCAUGUACUCUUGCCAAGUAACCUUUACACAGACCUGAGGAAAAAUAAGUUAAUACAAUUGCUGAAAAGGAAGAUGUGGAAACUGAUGGACAUGCAACUCCGUUAAUUUGAUAUUUUUAGGAGGUGUAGAGGAUAAAAAUGUUAAUUCCAAAUUAAUCUAAUAAAAAGAGCUCAUGCUAUGUAGGAAAGCAAUCUACCUGCAUAAAGGUAGUCACGUUGGCAGUAUCAAUAAAGUUGAAAGAAGAGA